UAAAAUCUCUCUCUCUCUCUCUCUCUCUCUCCCCCACUCUCUCUCUAAAAAAUCGAAGGUUUCUCUGCAAAGCUAGGGUUUCUACCAGCUUCGCACUCAAUUUGUUCUCUACCAGCGGGGAAUCUCUUCUUCUACCAGGUAUAUUCUUAUCUCCUGUGGAAUGCUCUAUCUGCUGAUACCAUUUUCUUGCCUCGCCGUCGAGAAUCGGAGAUCAGUCGAUAUGGGAUUCUUUGCCUGAUUAUCGAGCGAGAGAAGGCAUUGCAGCAAUAGUUGCUUGAAGAGAGAAUUAUCAUGGUGGAGGACACUCAUCAUUCUGGCGAUUCAAAUAUUUUCACCAAAUCUGUGGGAUCAUCGAUUAAGAUCAACUCAAUCUCUAUAGAUCUUGUCAGUUCUAAUGAUACAAUAGACAUAAAAAACUGUGAACAUUUCUCGAUUCGUGGAUACGUAUCAGAAGUUCGCAAGAGAGACUGGAAGAGAUGUUGGCCAUUUGCAUUAAAUGGUAACCAUGAUAACUCUGAUGGACAAACAUCUAAUCUUCCUCCUUUAACUGUUCCGAAAUUCAGAUGGUGGCAGUGCCAGAACUGCCAUCAAGAGAUCACUGCUGACGGCACUGCAAGUGACAUUGAUGUUCAGGAAGCUCAAAGUCCAAAUACUAUUGAGGAGAGGAAUAAAGUUGACUCCAAUGCUCCUGCUGUUCUGCAUCGAAGUUGCUGUCAUCCUUCGUCAUGUAGUGACAAGAAAGAAAGGAAAGCUGAACCUGCAAAAAUUCCUGUUACAGGUCAUAAAAUUGCCACCGAAGAGAAUUCGAAUGGGGAAAUUCCCAUGUUAACUGAUGCUGCAGCUGAGGUUGCAUCAAGUUCAAUGCAAGAAAGGAAUUAUAUCAGUGACAGAGCAGUUUUCCUUGAGGCAAAUUGCAAUGGAUCUGAUGACUCUCAUAAGGCUGGAAGUGAAUGUCUUGAAGUUACUGCUAUUGAGUGUGCUGACAGGAACCUUAAACGAAUGGUUAGGAAUUCCACAGAAACUUGUAAAAAAGGAAAAGAAAAUUCGUUAAAUGAUCAAAAUGCAAAUUUGAUAGCUCUUGGGUCAUAUGAGGUUGCUGGUAUGGUUGAUGAGGCAUCUGAUAUGGUCCAGGGUCAUACCAGUGAACAUCCUUCACUGGAAUUAGAUGAGUGCGAUAAUACAUCAACCAGAAGUACGGACGUCUUGGUUAGAAGUAGAUUCCAGCAUAAUCACCAAGAUAAUCCAGGUGGUGUGCAUCGCAAAAAAACUCGUAAGGUACGUCUGUUGACUGAGUUGCUGGGUAAAAAUGGAGGUGCAGACACUUCUAACUUGAGAAAAGAGGAUCAUUCCCCAUCCAAUGCCCUCACCAAUGCAUCAAGAGGGUUGGAUGUGCUUUCUGAUUCCCAAAGUCAGAUGUCUAGCCAAAGAAAUAACCUAAGUGGGGUCGUUCAAAAUAGGAAAAAGAAGUUAUCUCAAGAUGAUGACUGGACACCCCAGGAAAGGAGCCCUCGAAGUAAUGCAUACAAAAGAGUUAAGUCCUCAAAUGCUGAUGCUGAAACUACAAGUGCAGCUGGAAGUUCUGACUUCGAAGACAAUUCAUUUUUGGGUAUAGGCUUACAAGCUGGUACGAAGAAUCACUUGAGUACUAAUAAUGGAGUUGAUGUUCCUUUUGUUAAGAAGAAAAAUGAAAAGUCCCAGUCUGUUAAUGAGAACUUUCCAUUGGUGCUAUAUGAAGAAAGUUUACAAAAUGAUGUUCAAAAGAAAACAGAUGAUCUAAGAGCAGGUAAUGCCACUGACAGUGUUUCGGUCAAAUCCGUAUCCACCACAUUUGCAGGCAGGGGAUUGGUUCCUUGUCCUUUGCAUGCUCAAAACAUGGAAAGAAGAUAUAAUUCAUCCAAAAAGAAAAACAAGAUGCAUCAAGUUGAUGAGGGGCAGGCUUCUACAGUUCUUUGGAAUAAUGACAUACUAAGAGAAAGUCAUAUUACAAGCAGAGGUGUAGGAAUCAUGCAAUCUAAGCCCACAGCUGUUCCCUGUCAAUCAGCAUUAGGUGUAUCUACAAUGAAGGGGUUAGAUCUUUCUCUUAACAGCUUUUUGGCCUCUCAACAAUAUGAUAAACAAUAUUUUCCACAUGUCAGAGAUGCAAUGGAUUCUCCAUUGUCUAGACGAGAGGCCAGUUGCAAAGAAGAUCAGGCGACACGGAAAGAUUUAAAGACAAAUAGUCUUCUGGACUUAAGCUUCUUUAAGAAAUCUGAACCACUUGGAUGUCUUCACAAAGGAGUACAUUUUAAUCUCAGUGGCAAGGGCACCACCAGUGUAAUGCCUUUCCUGAAUGAGAAGCAGAAGUUUACCCCUGCGGUUGAACUUGGAGAUUGUUCUAUUGUGCAGCAAAUGUUCUCUAGAAGUAGUAUUAAGGCCUCCUUAAUCCAGUUGGGACAACCUUAUGCCCCUGGAUGGUUCAACACAUAUCCUCAAUAUCGAGAGAAGCCAUCAAGUGCCAUCCAAUUUUCUGGAAGCAGUUCUGGUGGGCAGAGUAGCAGUCAUAAUUGCCAGUGGGUUGCGAAUAUGAUAGGGCAGAGGUCCCCUCGAACUACAUUCAGGGAAUUAGGAACAUGCAAUACCUGCCAGAGUGCCGCACAGCAAUGUAAAGAACCAGCUCAUCUCUGGUCAUCUGUAAUGCCAAAUCAGAUGCCCUUUGCGUAUGGUAUGACUCACAAUGGAGUGGAACAGCCUACCAAGAUGAAUUUGCUUUCAUGUCAUCCUAGCAAUCUGCUCAAGGGGAAUAUUAAUGGGAAUCAUGAUUCGGACUUUCUUAAUCUAAAUAUCAGCAAUCAUGACAAGCAAAAUCAGAAGUUCAAUUCAGAAACUCUCUGCAGAACACAUCCAGAUUACUCAUACACAAGUAAACAUAACGGGGUUGGAUCAUUAGACCUUUAUUCCAAUGAAACCAUACCAGCAAUGCAUUUGCUCAGCCUCAUGGAUGCAGGACUUCAAUCAGGCAGACAAAUUGAUCUCAAUGGAAGCCCAAAGUUUGUUAAGAGGCCUUCCUUUCCUCAUGAUCGCCGUCCUGUGGAGUUUUCAGGUCUGCCAUCUGGGGGUUGUAAGGCUUCCAAUAUUAUGAAAUACCCUUCAUUUAAUUCUCAUAGUAAAAGUCCAUUAUCAGAGAAUUCCCGUGAAAAGUUUUCUGCCGUUCCUAUUGUUGGUGCUUCUGCAUUUUCAUUUCAACCUGACAAAAGUUUCAAGAAGGCAUCUGAUUGUACAGCUCAAGUUCCCUCGAAGUUUCGGGAUAAAGAGAAGAUAAAAGAAUCUGGUUUUUUAAGUGGCAAUUUACACACAGAUGUUGGAUCUGUUCCUGUUCCAAGCAUGCCAAAAUUCUCUAUGGGCAUUUCAGAUUCUGCAGUACUUCCCUUAAAAUUCUAUGCAAUGAAGACUGUGACAAGAGAUAAGUCGGGGCUGCAGAAUAAUCAUGGUAGUGGCACUGUUUGGCCUCUGAAAAACAAUCCUGAGCUUGAAGUGUGCAGUAUCAACAGAAACCCUGCUGAUUUCACCAUUCCAGAAGCAGGAAAUGUCUACAUGAUAAAGGGUCAAGACCUAAAAUUGAGAAAGCAACCUGGUUCUGGAAGUAGGUCUGGCUUUUCUAAAGCAGAGGGGACAAAGCGACGAAAGAAACAUAUGCCAACAAAGGAACAUCCAUGACAUGGACUUUCAUCAGAGUGAUACUUAGGCCAGUAACCCUAGAGAUGCUCCUGAGUAUUAUGGAAGAAAUCUUGCUACAGAAAAGAGAUCGGUGAUAAAUAAUUGUCAUGUUCUGGAGACAAGUUUGAUCUUUGAUGGGGGAACUCUUUUCAGGUGACCUUGGAUUUAGUUUUUGCUUUUUUGAUGUCCAGAGUGGAGCUGUGAAAGACAUAAAGGGGUUUUGGUGGAGCUGUAGAUAGUUACAUGCCUUGACCUUCCAUAGAAACAAGUAGAUAUAUGUAUUUAAUUUAAUGUUGUGUGUUGUAAGGGUUAUUCUAAAAGCCCUAAGUUUGCUUAUGAGUUCUAGGGUGGGAUUUUUUGAUCCUUCAUAUGAAGGCUCCAUGCCUGACCAGGAUGUUGGGUGGGAACCCAAAAAAAAAAAAAAAAUACAGUAGCUAAUAUAAAGUAUGGAUGUCGAGCCAUCUAUGAAUAAUAUUGUGAUUGUAAUUUACAGCAUAAAGGUAUAAAUAAAAUAGGUGAUGUGAUUUAUUGAA